AUGUCACCCAUUGGCCUUUUAGCGUUGGAAAAAAGGACGUAUUUGAAGGCAGGAGACGAUCGAAUGACAAAAGCCAGAAAGAGAUCUGGGAUGCUGCAAGAAAGAAGACGAUGGGUGAAUGGCAAACAAGAUGGGACGCUAGGCAAGGGGCGAUGCACUCAUCGCCUUAUACCAAAGAUAGAAGACUGGAUUGGAAGAAGAAAUGGGGAAGUUAAUUACUACCCCACGCAGUUUUUGACCGGACAUGAAUGUUUCCGGGCGUACCUGCAUCGGUUCAAACUAGACGACCGUCCGAACUGCCCAAUGUUCGGAUGCAACAGAGGAUGUCGAGCACGUCUUUUGCAAGUACUCACGAUAUCAGCAGGAGUGAGAAGAACUUAA